AUGCGGCUCCUCGUAACGGCUUCAGUUGCGCUCCUGGCGGUAUCUUUUUUUUUUGAAAGAUUCAAAUUUGAAGUUACAGACGCUCGCCUCGGCUCAGGAUUGUACCUCGCCCCAGGGCACUCGCCAGGCCUUCGGAAACUUCCUUCAAUGUAUCAAGGAAGGUUUGGACCGCGACUACGGCACUUACGAGGACGAAAUCCGGGAACAUUCCAAGUAAGUAACUUUUUUUUUUCUCAAGAAGUGAUCGUUACAAAAAAAUAAAUAGAAAUUUGAAGCGAUGUGUUCGAUUACUUUAAAGAAAUGUUCGUUUACUAACAAUAAAAAACUGUUUAUCGCCCCGAGAAUUUUAGGAAAUUUACCUCUCCUCUUUAGUAGUUACUUGCGGAGCUUCGGAACCAACUUUUCCAUCUUUUUCAAGACCGCCAUGGUUAAAAACCGACCAAAAACCUUCCUGGAAACAAUGUAGUCUCAAAGAACAACAAACAUUGUUGUAAUGUUCUCGAAAACCUGAAUGACCAACCUUUUUCGUAGCCCGUUGUAGCCAAAUUCGACAAAGUUGCGUCAAGUUCUUGCAAAAGAUGAGAAUUUGAGAAGAGAGCGAAAGAUUAUUCAUUUCUGGAACUUCUGAUGUUCUUUAAGACUAUUAGAAGCAGAAAAAGACACACUUAUGAUAAAAACGCGAAGCGUGCUCCCGACUUAAAACGACUUUCGCAAGACUAUUUCAAACAAAAUUUCCAGGAAAGCCGCCGCGACCUGCUUUGCCAGCUCGAUCGAAGAAGGAAACAGCAAAGAUCGUUGCGUUCUUUCGGUUAGCGACCUCAACCAGGUCGCCUGGGAUCGUCACGGACCUCUCAGAGACUGCAGCAUCUGCAGAACCGUCCGUUUUACCAAAAAGUCCUUGAAAUCUUGAUGAAUAUCGUUCAGUUCGCUUCUGGAGCCAUCAAGGCGAUCAAGUCCACUCCAGCCGAAGACCAGAAGUGCAUACGAACUGAGAUCAGCAAAGGUAAAUAGAAAAUUUUCCUUUCUCACAAAAUCUUUCUUUCUUCAGCCAUUUCUCGUGAGGCUUCUUACUGCCUCCAGAAGAAGAUUCCGAACUUUGCCGGUGUCCCAGAAAUUCCUGACCUCGAGGAAGGAUCCUUCCAGUUCAAGGACUCUGUGUAAGGCUUUUAUCGAAGAUAUGAGUAUUAUGAGGUUCUUUUGAAGCAUCUCCUCGAUCUCGGACCACAUUCUCAUCCAAUCGCGCCUCUCUUUCUGCGGUGAGCGCAAGCCGGCCAGAGCUUCUACCACCAGAAACUGUCUUUCCAACCCGUUUGUCGGAUAUCUCGAUGGCCACUGCAAGGGUUCGUUUUCAAAAAACGCAUUUUGAAAAGUAUUCGAAAAUAUAAUCUAGAACGAUUUUCAUAUAAAAUUUCAAAAUUGAAAGCGUUUUUGUCGAGCGAGGCAAUCGUUUUUUUCUGAAGUGAACUUGUUUUUAGUGAAAAAAAUAUUGCAAGAAUAACCCGAUUAAAAUUUUUUAUAUUGGCCACAGAUUUUCAGGAAAUUGUGCAAAACUCAGAAAGUACUUAUCACUUCUUUUUUUUCAAAACUACAAUGCUCCAACUCCAAUUUCAGUGCUGGCCAACUGCGACUCCCGCCUCGCCGUCGGAUCCUGUGCUCAGACGAUUCCCGCGACUCGCCAGGCGACCUGCGAAUGCAUAACCGAGGCUCGCGACGACCUCAAGCACCGCAUCGCCUCUAUCUCCAACGUCUUCCAAGACGUAACGUCCACCUCGAGAUUCUUCCAAAAACAGAGCCCUUUUCAGCUGCUUUCCGGCAACCGAGGCGUCGCCAUCGGUUCUGCCAACAAGGUCGAUAUUUGCGUCUCGCAGAUCAAGAAGCAGAUGUGAGUUCCGAUAAAAAGAAUGGCUAGGAAGUAUGAUGUUCAGGGUGACUCCAGUCAAUGACUGGGUUACUGUCAUCGACUCGGCUCUUUCUACCUGCAUCCGUAACAAGCCAGCCGGUCAGAACCUUGCCAUGGAGGCUCUUCUCAACGUUGGAUGCCGCAAGGUGAGAUCAAAAUGGAAUUAUCCUGAGAAAAUGGAUUUUGUUUACUUUCGGAAUAUCCAACCAGGAUCUUGUGAACGAUACUAAGAAACUAAAGAUUUCUCAAAUUUGGAAAUUAAAGAAAAAGAUUCUUGAUAACAAAAUGCUCUCCAGGUGAUCGCUGACACGACCGGAUCCGCGACUUCCCAACUCAAGACCGGCUUCGAUUUCGUCAACAAUUUGAUCGACGCGAUGGUCCAACGCAGUGGACGUUUCUGCGGCGGAUCUCACUGUCUCCGCGGCUAA